ACUUCGCGUCUUCUUUUUCGUUUCUCGUUUCUCGUGUCAACUUGCCAGUCUACAUGAGCAUCUACGUCGAAGUGUGUCCGGUCUGUUAUAGUUUUACCUACCUAUGUUAAGCACUUAUGUCCGCUCCCCCGGCACGGCGGCAGAGUCCUCCCCGGCGACGACGAGCCUGUGCGUCGUGCGCGAAGGCCAGAGUUCGCUGCGACUACGAAACUGGCGACAGCUGUAAUAGAUGUCAGCAAAUGCAGCUUUCAUGCAUCCCCCCAGCUACCCAAAGCCUAAGAAAGCCGAGGCAAGUGAAGCCGAAAGAAAAAUCUAACACUGCACAUGUGUCCACGGCACCAACCCGGGGGCGCCGUCAAAACCUCCUAGCACACUCUAGAGAUACGCCGACAAAUAGUGCAUCGAAUGCCGGGCCCGUAGCUUCCAGUAGCAGUCUAGAGCAGCGAGCUUACAACAUACCGUUCCAUCCUAGAUCGUUGCCACUGAAGUCAUCUAACCCUAAUCAUCCGCCACCAAGCCCUGGGUUUGGAAUAUCGUGGGAACAAGCAGAGAAGGCCCUUGUGGAGUUUACCAACCUUUUCAAAGCUCACUUUCCAUUUGUGAUACUAGAGCAUGAUAUCACAGCUCGUCGGUUAUGCACUGAAAAGCCCCUGUUAUUCCGAGUAAUACUCAUGAUCGCAACCGAUUUCACUGCCUCCAAAAGUCGUGAGUUAAGGAGAAGUGUAGACGCCUGGAUUGGACAACAUAUGCUAGUCAUGGAAGAGCAAGAUAUAGGGGUUCUUCAGGGUCUGCUUGUUUACAUCCUCUGGACAAGCCCUCAGUUCUAUUCCGAUCACAGGGCGACACAAUUACUUUACCUUGCUAUUGGCCUUGCACAUAGCCUUGGCAUCACCAGAGAGACUGUCCCUGGAAAUGAAAAAGCUAGGAAAGAAAGUGAAAUUAACGAAGAGCACCGUGCCUUUCUAGCUUGCUACUACAUUACAUCCUUCAACUCUUUGCAGUUCUGUCGACCUAACCCGCUCUCAGAUAGCUAUGUUCAGCAUUGCAUCGACUCACUUGAGCGAUCGUCAGAGUUCGCAACGGACUUUCUCCUUCUUAAACUAGUCAAGUUUCGACAGUUAAUUGGUCGAGUCCCAAGCGUGUAUCAAGGCAUUUGCGAUGGAAACUGGUGCCGGGAGAUUUCAGAAGAUGCUUCCGAUGAACUGCGAAAAAUUACAAAGGAACUUGAUGAUUCUAUGUGCGAUAUAGCCUCCAAUCAUCCCAAACUCCUGUUGCUUUGGAAUCUCCACAAUAGCGCUAUUGUCCAGCUGCAUCUGCCCAUGACGUAUAUUGCCCCAAAGAACGAAACAGUCUGCCGCAUACAACUAGAGUGCAUGCAACACUGCCUUCGAGCGGCUCGUGCGUUUGUCAGCAGAGUGAUGUCUUUCAGUCCCGAUGCGAUGUUGUACGCUCCUUUCACCACACUCGCCGAUGUUAUGUUUAUGCUUAUCGCUAGCUCACGAUUGCUUGUAGUCUGCAUAGAAGGUUGGGAUCUCAAGGAAGCUCGACGAGCCAUGAAUCUCAAGCCUGUGCUAAUGGAAUUGAAAAAUAAGUUGACCGCAGCAAGCAAGGUUAGAGCCGCAAGGCUUGCGGAAGCUGCAAUGGCUAAUCCGUCCAGCUACAAACCAGACGGGCCAGAUGACGACAAGCACAAUCGGAUUCACGUGUCCAUAAAAAUGGUUGAAUGCAUUGAAAUUUGGCUUGACAGCCAGGGUUGCUUUCUUUCUAGCGACGAACCAAGCCAGAGCCAGGAGGGUGGCGCUGAUAAGACGCAAUCACCUGUGCCUGAUUUUGCCAGUCCCCAAAGUCCUUUGUGGGAUUUUACGUACUAUUUCGGAUCUCUUGUAGGAGUCGACCGAGCUCUAGCCUCGUAGAGUAGACCUGCAUUUGGAAACAAUAGCAUUUGUUAUCAGCCCUGAGUUCGGCGCAGGGACCAACUGAAAAUAGGGUUUAGAUUAUCAGCAUGCGUUUCUUCUAGAAGAGCAAGCUCAAGUGGUAUAUCCAUAGACUACAGUCUAAACAAACACCUCAUUUCUACGGUCUUUAUCAUCAAAAACAAUAACUUCACUUCCCUUAAGCUUCUCGACUUCUCCACUAG